GAAAUUCACUCUUUCUGCAUCAGUCUUCCUGGUGAAUCCGAAGGAAGUUUCUUAAUUGACCAUAAAUUAAUAAGCCUGAAAAGAAAGCUUUGGCAACAGCGUUGAGAUGUCGAAUCACUUCAUUCCGGUUUUUGGAUUGUUGCUUGUAGUGGCAACGAUCGCAACAGCACGCUUGGUAGUGCCACCGCGUGCACAGAUUGUGGGUGGAUUCCCGAUCGACAUUUCGGAGGCACCGUAUCAAAUUUCUCUCAGAGAAGGCGGCCAUCCUAUCUGUGGUGGUUCAAUCAUUUCACCUAACUGGAUCCUAACCGCUGCUCACUGCUUGGAAGGAGUCGCUUCAUCCGAGGUGUCCAUAAGGGCCGGCUCAACGUACAAGGAACAUGGUGGCAUUAUACACAAUGCUAGGCGCAUUGUGAUCCAUCCGGAUUGGGAUUCAUCGACGAACGAAGCCGACUGUGCGCUGGUGGAGCUGGACGACCCACUUCCACUAAAUGGUCAAACGAUUGCAUCGAUUGAAAUGCCAGAAGAAGGCGAAGAGGACCCGGCGGAAGGUUCCAAGGCCAUGGUUUCCGGUUGGGGCAAAACGCUAAACGUGCAUCACUCGAACCUGAUCCUGCGUGCUACCUUCGUGCCGAUCGUCCAUCGGGACAAUUGCCAGAAAGCUUACCGUCGAACGAACACCAUUUCGGAGCGUAUGCUGUGUGCGGGCUUCUUUGGCGGUGGCCAUGAUUCAUGCCAAGGUGAUUCUGGUGGUCCGCUCGUGGUGGAUGAUCUCCUAGUCGGAGUGGUUUCGUUCGCUAUCGGAUGUGCUAGACCAGGCCUCCCGGGUGUAAAUGUACGCGUUUCGGCUGUGCGCGAAUGGAUUCGUGAGGUUAGCGAUGUAUAACUUCUGGAAGGGAUGGAAAAAAUGGACAAAGCGUAAUUAAUUUUGGUGCGGAAUAAGAGAGUUAUACGCUUUGGAAAGUAUAUUUAAAUAUAUUUAUUUUGGGCAAAGGUA